AUGUCUCAGCUAUCAGCAGUACCAUUAAAGAUGACAUUGCAGGUGGAUAUGCAAGCACAGCUCGCAGCGAUUAUCGAUUCCACCUUCUACCAGGUAUCAUCAGUAUUCAUCGAUGACCUUGCUGCCGUUAACGAUAUGCGCAAUCGCAGCCUGAUGGAAGCAGAUGCAUCAGUAUCUAAUCUAGAAGCACUCCUGGAAUACUGUAAGACCCUAUUUGCCCUGAUCGCUAAAUUUCCGGACCGCCAGAUCGAGUUCACCUGGUUCGAAACACUAGGUCAUAAGGCUUACGGGAAGACAUCCAACCUUUGGAAGUUUGAGCUGUUCAAUGUAAUUUAUAAUAUAGGCGCAGUUAAGUCCCUCUUGGCGUCCUCAAUGGGCAACGACGAAUUGAAGGAGGCAUGCCGAUACCUACAAGAAAGCGCAGGAUGCUUUCAGUACAUUUUAUCAGCCAUGGAGCGGGAACUUGAGUCAGUAAUCGAUGAAAAAACAAUUAGGGCCGUACUGAACCUCAUGCUUGCACAAGCACAAGAAUGCUGUUGGGCACGGGCACUCCGUGAUGCGAUGAAGCAUUCUCCGAUUGCGAGGUUAGCUUUACAGGUUUCCAACUUCUACGAGGAAGCGCACAGGUAUGCCAGGAUAAGUCCUGUCAUCAGGACAAAACUUGUCAAAUAUAUCAACGAGAAGUCUUUCUAUUUUGCUGCAGUUGCGCACUAUAGGCAUGCGCUUCACUUUGAAGAAAAGCAGCAGUACGGAAAUGCGGUCCGAUCUCUGAACGAAGCACAAGAAAAGAUCAAAGGUGCAGGAUGGGGACCCGAGGUCCUCCCCUUUGAAAAGGAGCUCAAUGAUACAUUAAAUACACUUCAGAGAGACAAUGACCUUAUAUACCUACAGCACAUCCCGAGCCAAUGUCCGGUCAUCAAUCCUGUCAGCAUGGUAAAACCGAUACUCAUUGACCUUCUUUCCACCGGGACGCAGAAAAUUCACCUGUUUAGAAACCUACUACCCAUAGAUGUGAUUGAAAGCUCAGCGGCAUUCAAUAUCAGACAAGAUAAAUAUGUCGAAGAUUAUGUCAAGAGUCCUCUAGUCGCCCUCAAUAAGUUACUGCAUAACAGUCUCCCCGAGAACGAAGCUCUUCCUGGAAUGAAGCAUUUGACAGAAGAGGAAUUCGAUAUUUAUGCUAAAACAUUAGCCGGCUUGAACGAGUUCAGUUCUCAACUGGGCGAACGAUUAACGGUUAUUAAAUCAUUAAUUGAUGGAGCAACUACGCGUCUGCCUGCCGAGGCAAACCACCACGCAGAUCAAGAUAAUUCGAAGGACAUUGUAGAAGAGUAUAACAAGCGGAUUGUGACGUUACAAGGCUAUUUGAGGCAAGGCGAGGAAAUAACUAGGGAGACAACCCAAAUAUUCGAAACAGUAGACAGGGAUUUACUUACGACACAACUCCAGCUGGCUGCCACGAACAACCCGACCAUGAGAAAAGUAGAGGCACUUACCAAAGAAAGGUAUGACUAUAUCGCAGAGGUUGAGAAGAAAUCGCUACAGAACAGGAUAUUGCCCAGUCUUGUAUCCAACUACAAAGAGACCGGCUCGCUCGAUUUCGAACCCAUAUUUCAAGAACACUUGAAGAUGUUUAAAAAGGACAUCGAAUAUGUACAACUGGGGAAAAAACGCAAUGCAGAGCUGAUAGCUGAGCUAAAUGCAGAGGAAGGCGAGGAGAGUGGGAAAAUCAAGCGACUCAGUCCUCGAGAUAUACAGAUUCAGGACUUCAAACACUCUUUGCAUUUAUUAGAACAGGUGAAGGAAAACAUCGAGGAAGGACAGGUUUUCUAUGAGGACCUCAAGGAGUCAAUUGGUGUCCUGCACGAGGACGUCACGGAUUUUUUAAACAAAAGUUAA